AUGACGAGAAAAGUGUCAGUGUCGGAGGUGCUACAACACUCGAGCCCCGAGAGUGCGUGGAUCGUGGUCGACGGCAACGUCUAUGACAUGACGGACUUUGCGCCCUCCCAUCCCGGCGGCCCUGAAAUCAUCCAUCAAUACUCGGGCCGUGACGCCUCGGUGCCAUACAACGAGGUCCACGCCCCUUCACUAAUCAAGUCGUCUCUGGAUGCCAAGCACCACGUCGGCACCCUCGAUGCCGCCACAGUCACGGAAUCAUGGACGGCGGCAAACACCCCCGCUCCCCAAGCAAAAGCAGCGUCCUCAAAGCCCCCCCUAGCCGACAUCAUCAACAUGUACGACUUUGAAAAGGCCGCCCACCAGUCAUUCACCAACAAGGCGUGGGCGUACAUCAACGGCGCGUCCAACGACAGCAUCACCCGCGACAUCAACAUCGAGACCCUCAAGAAGAUUUGGUUCCGGCCCGCAGUCAUGAAGAACGUCUCCCGCGUGACGACCAGAACGAGCCUAUUCGGGUGCCGCCUCGACGCGCCCUUCUACGUAGCUCCCACGGGCGCGGUCCGCACCGCCGGUGAAGAAGGAGAAUUAGCCCUCGCCCGAGGCGCCGGCCCGUCCGGCAUCAUCCACUGCAUCUCCACGCCGGCGUCGUACCCGCACGACGAGAUCCUCCAAGCGACGCCCGAGCACGCCUUCUUCCAGCUGUACGUGGACAAGGACCGCGCCAAGUCCGCCAAGCUGCUGCGCCAAAUCAGCGCCAGCGACAAGGUCAAGGCCGUCUUUGUCACCGUCGACCUGCCCGUCGUGUCUAAACGGGAAGACGACGAGCGCGUCAAGGCGGAGAACACGGUCGAGAAGCAGGUCUCACCUGGGCAGGACCAGAAAGGCGCAGGUCUGGCGCGGCAGUCGGGCUCCUUUAUCGACCCAGCCGUCACGUGGGACGACAUCCCCUGGAUCCGGAAACACACUACUCUCCCUGUUGUUGUCAAGGGUAUUCAGAGGUGGCAGGAUGCCCGGACGGCCAUGAGCCUCGGGUGUGAGGGGAUUGUGGUGAGCAACCACGGCGGAAGGGCGGCCGACACGGCGCAGCCAUCUAUUAUUACUUUGCUCGAGCUGCAUAGGAACUGUCCCGAGGUAUUUGGCAAGAUGGAGGUGCUUGUCGAUGGCGGAUUCCGGAGAGGUUCCGACAUUGUAAAGGCCGUUUGCCUGGGGGCCUCGGCCGUCGGGGUAGGAAGGCCGUUUCUAUAUGCUGUCAACUACGGCACCGCGGGCGUGGAGCACGCCGUCGCACUAUUGCGCGACGAAAUCGAGACGGCGAUGCGGCUGUGCGGCAUGACCGACUUGAUGGAGGAGGCUGGUCCUGAUUUCCUAAACACCGCGCCUGUUGAUCAUCUCGUGUAUCAUGGCCCGCACGCGUACCUUGGUCGGAAGCCGAGAACGAGGGCUCGCUUGUAG